AUGUCGUCAUUCCAGUGUCCUUCAUGCGGCAAAGGCGGUUUCAAGAACGACGUUGCUGUUGCUCGUCACAUGAGCCAACCUCGUUCUGGGUGCAGUACGUGGCUGCAGGAUUUGGCAUGCUUUCGCCCCGAGUCUGAUGACUCUCGUAUGGACUCGGAUGAUGAACCAAAUAUUUCCAUGGAUAUGGACGAUGGACCGAAUAUACCCGACAUCAAGUCUGGUGGUUUUGGGGAUUGGGAUGAGAUGUCUCGAGGGAGUACUGGUGGUAGUGAGAGCCAGGGAAUGCCAACUCACAACUCGGAAGUUAUCGACUCAUAUCCUGACUGCGCUCAAACAUACGGCAAGGGCUACACGUUCCUCGAUCUAUUCAAUUCCGACAAUAACAGCAAACACCGUGCAAUGAAUCCGUAUUACCCAUUCAGCAGCCGGAAAGACUGGGAAGUUGGGUCGUGGCUCCUUCGCUCAGGAUUGAGCAUGGGGAAGAUAGACAGUUUUCUUUCACUCGAGAUGAUAAAGACCCUUCCGUUGUCAUUCCUUUUGGCCAAGGAACUUCGCAGUAGAGCGGAAAUGUUGCCCAGCGGUCCGCGCUGGAUGUCUCAAAUCAUACCUACAAAAUUUCCUACGAAAUUGCCCGUUCUGGACUUUACGCCUCACAGGGUGUAUACCACUGCACAGAGGUUGUGUCGCGUGUUCUCGGAAUGGGCGACAGGUGAUGACGCGUGGAAUAUGCAGUCAGCCCUACCAAAAGGUGCAACACUCCUUGGGACCAUCUUAUCAUCUGACAAGACGAAUGUAUCGACCAUGACGGGCGACAGAGUUGCACAUCCCCUUCUCGUUAGCCUUGCUAACAUACGCAUGUCUACCCGACUCAAAUCGUCUUCGAAUGCCUUUGUCCUUACUGCUCUACUCCCCGUCCCAAAAUUCAUCUACAAGAAGAAAACACAUGCGAGGUUUCUACGUCCACUCAAGGUAGCCGCCCACGAAGGGGUCAUGCUGUCAGAUCCUAUCGGACACAGUCGCUACUGUUUCACACCGCUCGCAAGCUAUAUUGUUGACACCCCGGAGGCCAUGAUGCUGGCUGCUGUUGGUGGGAAAACCUCUCCAGUUACUAUGGCCAUGUAUAAACAGUUUGGAGAUUCUUUCCGUCACGAACCUCGCACACGAGCAACUACACUCUCCCAGCUGGCUACUGCACGGAGUAAAGUUGAUCCCGAUGACAUCGAGGCUUUUUUCUGUGAGGCCCAGAAGUUUCGUCUGAAUGGUGUCAACACACCAUUCUGGCUAGAUUGGCCCCUCAGGGAUCCAUCACACUUUCUUACUCCCGAGUUUCUUCACCUCAUCCAUUGCGAGUUCUACGACCACGAUGUAAAGUGGCUCAUUUGCGCAGUCGGUGACACAGAGAUCGAUUUUCGGUUCUCUGUGUUGCAGGUCAUCACUGGGUUCCGUCAUUUUCAUGGCGGGAUUUCAAAACUUAAACAGGUUACAGGACGCGCUCAAUGCGACAUCCAGUGCUCAAUUGUCGCGGUCAGCGCGGAUGCAGUACCUAGCACCAUGAUGGCUGCCGUACGAGCUCUCAUGGACUUUCAGUACCUCGUACAGUCACCCGUAAUCGAUGACAUCCAACUCACCCGUAUUUCCACGGCCCUUGAAGAAUUUCACGCCAACAAAGAUGCAAUUAUAGAUGGCGGAUUUUGUCGUGGUCAGCGUGGUGGAGUCAUUGAGAACUGGUACAUACCAAAGCUGGAGCUCAUGCAGUCCAUAGUUCCGAGCAUAAGGAACACUGGAGUUUCUCUGCAAUGGACCGCCAACACCACCGAACAUGCGCACAUAACGGAAAUCAAGGAUCCUGCUCGCUCCAGCAACAACAACAACUACAAUCCCCAGAUAUGUCGCCAUCUUGACCGUACCGAUAAGUGCCGCCGCUUUGACCUCGCUAUGAGUCUGCUUAACAAUAUGGCAGACUCGAAGCGGCAGGGUUCAGAUGACGUUGGCGAUGUCAAUGACAAUGUUGAUCUCGAUGCAGACGACGAUCACGACGAUGGCGAUGUUGAUUUCGACGCAGAUGUCGAUCAUGAUAUCCCACACCUUCUAGCGAUGAACAAAUACCCUGGGCAUUCACGUCCGACCACUAAUUACUUCGAAAUUGCCAAGGUCCUUCAGCACAGGGAAGCGGGAACAGUCCCUGUGCCAUUGCGCUCGUUCGUUAUUGAACGCACAGCAUUCCACCUCGCCUAUGACCCAUCCAUCAGAAAUAUAUCUGUUGACGAUGCUGCCAUUAAGUUUGGCCUUCCCGACUUUCUUCGUCGUGAGGAUACUCACGGGAGGGAUCACAUCCAUACUAUUGGGGGGGCUAGAAGAGCUGGACCCACUACUCCACUUCCCUUCGACAAACUACAAGUCUGGUUUAAGCUUCGGCUCCAGGACACCGAUUUUCAUGAUAUCAGCAUCAUACGGCCUGCACAGACCCUCAACUGCGCACCCCCUUCUGAUCCCUGGACCUCUGGCCGGUAUGACACAGCCAUCAUCAAUAACGAGGCGAGAUGUGUAUGGCCCACAGAUGGUCUUCACGGUCAUACUAUUGGUCAGAUCAGGCUUCUCAUGCGUCCUGUUGGAAAGAGUGGCACAAAUUGGUCAUGGAAGGACCGCUUUCUGGUAUAUGUACAUCGCUUGACAUUGUUCCCCAAAGCUCCGGUACCAAUGAUCGUGAGCCAAGUACGCAGCUCCACUUGCUCAAACGAGCGAAGCGUUCAAAUGGUACUCAGGGUGGGUGACAUCGUGCCUGUGACACAGCUCAGAGCACUUGUCAACCUCGUCCCUCGCUUCGGUGCAAGUGCGGACAACCGCCUCACCCCAUAUAAUAGCAUGGAACAUGCUUCGCAGUUUUGGCUCAACAAGUAUUGGGACAAGAACUCAUAUUUUCCUCUUUCCAUGUAA